UUCAUCCUGCCCUUAUCUGUUUACUUUUAGAGGAGCACAAACAGCAGGGAGAGAAGGCACAGCGAUUCAGGAUUUUAACCGUUUUAACAAGAGACCACAGGAAAGGAGAUAUUACAAAUCUACCCAGAAUGGCGCAUAUUCUGGCUUUGCUGCUCCUGUGCCCGUCUGCAUUUUUUGCCCUGCCGAUGUCAGACCAAGACAAUGCAGUCUGUGCUCGGCCAGUCCUUGGGGCCAACAUCAUGGUGUCGGGGCUCCAGAGGUUCUUCAACCCCGGGGCUGAGCUGGUCUUGUCCUGUAAAUCUGGAUAUUCCCCCGUGUCGGGCCCUCGCACCAUCGUCUGCAGUGACAGAGGAGAGUGGACCAAAACCCGCCUGAUGUGCAUACCAAAGAACUGUCCCUACCCAGACCCGCUGGAUAAUGGAGAUAUAUACUAUGAAGACACUGUGUACCAGAGCACAGUCAACUACACCUGCAAUGAGGGGUACAUCCUACAUGGAGCCAGCACUAUUGUAUGCCAAGCCAAUGGAACGUGGAGUGCAUCACUACCAGAGUGCAAGCCUGUGAUGUGUGAUCUUCCUCCUAUCCCAGAAUUUGGGAAGAUCAUCUUUGAUAACAGCAUCAGCGGGAACACCACAAAGUAUGGCAUCAGAGUGACUUACGAGUGCCGGCCUCCAUACGCUCUAGUUGGCAACAAAAGAGGAGAAUGCACCGCCAGCGGCAGCUGGACCGAGCCGCCUGAAUGUCAAAUGGUGUCCUGCCCUCCACCACCACCCAUUGAGAAUGGCUAUAUGUCCAUCAGCUUACAGACAGAAUUUGACUACAUGGAAACAGUCAAGUACGGCUGUAAUGGAAACUAUGUAAUUGAUGGAGGCUACGAGAUUGUGUGCCAAGAGACGGGAGAAUGGUCCUUACAGCCAGCCUGCAUGGCCCCCUGCACGGUUGGCAUAAGAAAAGGACGGAUAUUAUACAAGGGAAGGAAAAUCUGGAUUGAAGACCUGAACUCGAAAGUCCUUCACAAAGAGAUUGUCUCGGUCUACUGCAUGGACAAGGUCAGGAAAUGUGGCUACGCAGUGCCAGCCCAGUGCCUCAAUGGACAACUCAAGAUACCAGAAUGCUUUGAAGAGCCCAGUAGUUUGGAUUACAACAUUCAUCAGCGCUCUCUCCCAUCUGAAAUCCAACAGUGCUGAAAACAACAUUGGUUUCCAUCUCCGUUAAAUGAUGACUGUAAUCAACGACAAGAUCAACUUUGUUUUCUGAUUUCUGAAAUUAAAGAAAAUGAUCUGACUCAAGUUGUCUUC